AUGCUAUACCAGGGUGGUCAACGUCGCUUCCGUGGAGGUCGUGGCCGCGGCUACCGCUUCCGUGGAGGACGUGGACGUGGUGGUGGCGGAUCCGGUCAAGUUGCUAAUCAUGAUGACGGAGGAGCUGAAGGCCAACAGGGAGAGGCAGCGAAUGGAGGCGAGGGAGGACGUGGAAGAGGACGUCGUGGUCGUGGUGGACGUGGACGUGGAGGCCGUGGCCGCGGUGGUGGCAACAAUGGCGGCAACGGAAAUAAUGGAAAUGGUGGUGCUAAAGAUUCUGAAGCUUAA